CCUCUUGAGACAUCAACAGAUCUGGUCCACGUAGUUCAAAUAAACUGAGUCCUGAUUGAACAGCCAAAAUGGGCACAGACGCAGAAAUGGAGGCCUAUGGCCCGGCGUCCAUCUACCUCCGGAAGCCAGAGAAGGAGAGGCUCGAGGCCCAGACUGCUCCUUUUGAUGCCAAAACGGCCUACUUUGUGGCUGAACCUGCUGAGAUGUAUCUCAAGGGUAAACUGGUGUCGAAAGAGGGUGGCAAAGCCACAGUUGAGACUCUCGAAGGAGGAAAAACUCUCACUGUCAAAGAGGAGGACAUCCACCCAAUGAAUCCUCCCAAAUUUGACAAGAUUGAGGACAUGGCCAUGAUGACCCACCUCAAUGAGCCCGCCGUGUUGUAUAACCUCAAAGAGCGUUUUGCAUCAUGGAUGAUCUACACCUACUCUGGCCUGUUCUGCGUGGUCGUGAACCCCUACAAGUGGCUUCCAGUAUACGAUGCUCAGGUUGUCAAUGCAUACAGAGGCAAGAAGAGAGUGGAGGCUCCUCCCCACAUCUUCUCCAUCUCUGAUAACGCCUAUCAGUUCAUGCUCACUGAUCGUGAGAACCAGUCCAUCCUUAUCACCGGAGAAUCCGGUGCAGGAAAGACUGUCAACACCAAGCGUGUCAUCCAGUACUUUGCAACAAUUGCAGUGGUUGGAGGAAAAAAAGCUGAGGCUCAACAAACUGGCAAAAUACAGGGUUCACUGGAAGAUCAAAUCAUUGCAGCAAACCCCCUGUUGGAAGCAUAUGGAAAUGCCAAGACUGUGAGGAAUGACAACUCCUCCCGCUUUGGUAAAUUUAUCAGAAUUCAUUUUGGAGCCACUGGCAAACUGUCCUCAGCAGAUAUUGAAACAUAUCUGCUGGAGAAGUCCCGUGUCACCUUCCAGUUGUCUGCUGAGAGGAGCUACCACAUCUUUUAUCAAUUGAUGACUGGCCACAAGCCUGAGCUGCUGGAGGCUCUUCUGAUCACCACCAAUCCCUACGACUACACAAUGGUCAGUCAGGGGGAAGUCACGGUCAAGAGCAUCGAUGAUGUGGAGGAGUUCAUCGCAACAGAUGUAAAGAGUCUAUUAAUAGUUUCAAAUAUAUAUAAAAUUAAAUGUAAUGGGGAAAAAAGAAUAAAUGCUAAUUACAUCCUUUUUAUGUUAAUACAGACUGCUAUCGACAUCUUGGGCUUCACUGGUGAAGAAAAGCAAGGCAUCUACAAGCUGACUGGUGCUGUGAUGCAUCAUGGCAACAUGAAAUUCAAGCAGAAGCAGCGCGAGGAGCAGGCUGAACCUGAUGGCACUGAGGUGGCUGAUAAAAUCGCUUACCUGCUGGGCCUGAACUCAGCUGAUAUGUUGAAAGCUCUGUGCUACCCAAGGGUCAAGGUCGGAAAUGAGAUGGUCACUAAAGGUCAGACCGUCCCACAGGUCAACAACUCUGUCUCGGCUCUGUGCAAGUCUAUCUAUGAGAAGAUGUUCUUGUGGAUGGUCGUACGUAUCAAUGAGAUGUUGGACACAAAGCAGCCACGAUCCUCCUUCAUUGGAGUGUUGGACAUUGCUGGAUUUGAGAUCUUUGAUUUCAACAGCUUGGAGCAGCUCUGCAUCAACUUCACCAAUGAGAAACUGCAACAGUUCUUCAACCACCACAUGUUUGUCCUGGAGCAAGAGGAGUACAAGAAAGAAGGCAUUGAAUGGGAGUUCAUUGAUUUCGGUAUGGACUUGGCUGCCUGCAUUGAGCUUAUUGAGAAGCCAAUGGGCAUCUUCUCCAUCCUUGAAGAGGAGUGCAUGUUCCCCAAAGCUUCCGAUACAACUUUCAAGAACAAGCUGCAUGAUCAGCAUCUUGGAAAGACCAAGGCCUUUGAGAAGCCUAAACCCGGAAAGGGCAAGGCUGAAGCUCACUUCGCCCUGGUCCACUAUGCUGGUACAGUGGAUUACAACAUCACUGGCUGGCUGGACAAGAACAAGGACCCACUGAACAACUCAGUGGUGCAGCUCUACCAGAAGGCUUCAAACAAACUGCUGUGCAUGUUGUAUGCAGCUCAUGCUGGAGCUGAUGAGGCCGCUGCUGGCAAGAAAGCCGGUAAGAAGAAGGGUGGUUCCUUCCAGACUGUGUCUGCUCUUUUCAGGGAGAACUUGGGCAAGCUGAUGACCAACCUAAGGAGCACUCAUCCUCACUUUGUGCGUUGCCUGAUUCCCAAUGAAUCAAAGACCCCAGGUCUUAUGGAGAACUUCCUGGUCAUCCACCAGCUGAGGUGUAACGGUGUGCUGGAAGGCAUCAGAAUCUGUAGGAAGGGCUUCCCCAGCAGAAUCCUCUACGGUGACUUCAAGCAGAGAUACAAAGUAUUGAAUGCCAGUGUCAUCCCUGAGGGACAGUUCAUUGACAACAAGAAAUGUGCAGAGAAGUUGCUGGGCUCCAUUGAUGUGGACCACACUCAGUACAAGUUUGGACACACUAAGGUGUUCUUCAAAGCUGGUCUGCUGGGUACACUUGAGGAGAUGAGAGAUGAGAAACUGGCUCAGCUGGUGACCAUGACUCAGGCUCUCGCCAGAGGAUAUGUCAUGAGGAAGGAGUUUGUUAAGAUGAUGGCGAGAAGAGAAGCUGUCUUCAGCAUCCAGUACAACAUCCGCUCAUUCAUGAAUGUGAAAAACUGGCCAUGGAUGAAUCUCUACUUCAAGAUCAAGCCUCUUCUGAAGAGUGCUGAGACUGAGAAGGAGCUCAUGAAUAUGAAGGAGAACUAUGAAAAGAUGAAAACAGACUUGGCUACGGCUCUGGCCAAAAAGAAGGAGCUAGAGGAGAAGAUGGUUAGCAUCCUGCAAGAGAAGAAUGACCUGCAACUCCAAGUGGCUUCAGAAACGGAAAAUCUCUCAGAUGCUGAGGAAAGGUGCGAGGGGCUCAUUAAGAGCAAGAUCCAGCUUGAGGCCAAACUCAAAGAGACAACAGAGAGACUGGAGGAUGAAGAGGAAAUCAACGCUGAGCUGACUGCCAAGAAGAGGAAGCUGGAGGAUGAAUGCUCUGAGCUGAAGAAAGACAUCGACGACUUGGAACUCACCUUGGCUAAAGUGGAGAAAGAGAAACAUGCCACUGAAAACAAGGUGAAAAACCUCACUGAAGAGAUGGCAUCUCAAGAUGAGUCCAUUGCCAAGCUGACCAAGGAGAAGAAAGCUCUCCAGGAGGCCCAUCAGCAAACACUGGAUGACCUGCAGGCAGAGGAAGACAAAGUCAACACUCUGACCAAGUCCAAGACAAAGCUGGAACAACAAGUGGAUGAUCUUGAAGGGUCACUGGAGCAAGAGAAAAAGCUCCGUAUGGACCUUGAGAGAGCCAAGAGGAAGCUCGAGGGAGAUCUGAAACUGGCCCAGGAAUCCAUCAUGGAUCUGGAGAAUGACAAGCAGCAGUCUGAUGAGAAAAUCAAGAAGAAGGACUUUGAAAUCAGCCAGCUCCUCAGCAAGAUUGAGGAUGAACAGUCCCUUGGUGCUCAGCUUCAGAAGAAGAUCAAGGAACUCCAGGCUCGCAUUGAGGAGCUGGAAGAGGAGAUUGAGGCUGAGAGAGCUGCUCGGGCUAAGGUAGAGAAGCAGAGAGCUGAUCUCUCAAGGGAGCUUGAGGAGAUCAGUGAGAGGCUUGAGGAAGCUGGAGGAGCAACAGCCGCUCAGAUUGAGAUGAACAAGAAGCGUGAGGCUGAGUUCCAGAAGUUGCGUAGGGACCUUGAAGAAUCCACCCUGCAGCAUGAAGCUACUGCAGCAGCUCUCCGCAAGAAGCAGGCCGACACUGUUGCAGAGCUGGGAGAGCAGAUCGACAACCUCCAACGUGUCAAGCAGAAGCUGGAGAAGGAGAAGAGCGAGUACAAGAUGGAGAUUGAUGACCUCUCCAGCAACAUGGAGGCAGUUGCCAAGGCUAAGAGCAACUUGGAGAAAAUGUGCAGGACUCUUGAGGACCAGUUCAGUGAGCUUAAAUCCAAAUAUGAUGAAAAUGUUCGCCAGCUGAAUGACGUUAAUGCACAAAGGGCCAGACUUCAGACUGAGAACGGCGAGUUUGGUCGUCAGCUGGAGGAAAAAGAAGCUCUCGUUUCUCAGCUGACCAGAAGCAAACAGGCUUUCACUCAGCAGAUUGAGGAGCUCAAGAGACACGUUGAGGAGGAAGUCAAGGCCAAGAACGCCCUGGCCCAUGCUGUUCAGUCAGCCCGCCAUGACUGUGAUCUGCUCAGAGAGCAGUUUGAGGAGGAGCAGGAGGCCAAGGCUGAGCUGCAGAGAUCAAUGUCAAAGGCCAACAGUGAGGUGGCUCAGUGGAGAAGCAAAUAUGAAACGGAUGCUAUCCAGCGCACAGAAGAACUGGAGGAGGCCAAGAAAAAGCUUGCUCAGCGUCUGCAGGACGCUGAGGAAUCCAUUGAGGCUGUGAACUCCAAGUGUGCCUCACUGGAGAAGACCAAGCAGAGGCUGCAGAGUGAGGUGGAGGACCUCAUGGUUGACGUGGAGAGAGCCAAUGCUCUGGCUGCCAACCUUGACAAGAAGCAAAGGAACUUUGACAAAGUCCUUGCAGAAUGGAAACAGAAGUAUGAGGAGGGCCAAGCAGAGCUGGAAGGAGCCCAGAAAGAGGCUCGUUCUCUCAGCACUGAGCUGUUCAAGAUGAAGAACUCCUAUGAGGAGUCACUGGAUCAGCUGGAGACCAUGAAGAGAGAGAACAAGAACCUGCAGCAGGAGAUCUCAGAUCUGACUGAACAACUUGGUGAGACUGGAAAGAGCAUUCAUGAGCUGGAGAAAGCCAAGAAGAGUGUGGAGACAGAGAAGAUUGAAAUUCAGACUGCACUGGAGGAAGCUGAGGGUGCUUUGGAGCAUGAGGAGUCCAAGAUUCUCCGUGUGCAGCUGGAGCUCAACCAGGUCAAGGGUGAGGUUGACAGGAAGCUGGCAGAGAAGGACGAGGAGAUGGAGCAGAUCAAGAGAAACAGCCAGAGGGUGAUUGACUCAAUGCAGAGUACUCUUGAUGCCGAGGUCAGGAGCAGGAAUGAUGCACUGAGAAUCAAGAAGAAGAUGGAGGGAGACCUCAAUGAGAUGGAGAUUCAGCUCAGCCACGCCAACAGGCAGGCUGCUGAGUCCCAGAAGCAACUGAGGAAUGUUCAGGGACAGCUCAAGGAUGCCCAACUGCACCUGGAUGAGGCUGUCAGGGGACAGGAAGACAUGAAGGAGCAGGUUGCCAUGGUGGAGCGCAGGAAUGGUCUGAUGUUAGCUGAGAUUGAGGAGCUGAGAGUUGCUCUGGAGCAGACAGAGAGAGGACGUAAAGUGGCUGAGCAGGAGUUGGUUGAUACUAGUGAACGUGUCGGCCUGCUUCACUCCCAGAACACCAGCCUUAUCAACUCCAAGAAGAAGCUGGAAGCUGACCUUGUGCAGAUUCAGGGUGAGGUGGAGGAUACUGUUCAGGAAGCUAGAAAUGCUGAGGAGAAAGCCAAAAAGGCUAUCACUGAUGCUGCUAUGAUGGCUGAGGAGCUGAAGAAGGAACAGGACACCAGCGCCCACCUGGAGAGGAUGAAGAAGAACUUGGAGAUCACAGUCAAGGACCUGCAGCACCGUCUGGAUGAGGCUGAGAAUCUUGCCAUGAAGGGUGGCAAGAAGCAACUCCAGAAACUGGAGUCCAGGGUUCGUGAGCUGGAGUCUGAAGUUGAUGCUGAACAGAGGCGUGGAGCUGAUGCUGUUAAAGGAGUCCGCAAAUAUGAGAGGAGAGUGAAGGAGCUGACAUACCAGACUGAGGAGGACAAGAAGAAUGUGCACAGACUUCAGGAUCUGGUGGACAAGCUGCAGCUCAAAGUUAAAGCUUACAAGAGACAGUCUGAGGAGGCGGAGGAGCAGGCCAACACCCACAUGUCCAGGCUCAGAAAGGUCCAGCAUGAACUGGAGGAAGCUCAGGAGCGUGCUGACAUCGCUGAGUCUCAGGUCAACAAGCUCAGGGCCAAGAGCCGUGACCAUGGAAAGGCUGACAGCGCUGAAUAAGAGACUACAUCUGUUUGGAACCUUUGACAGACUUCAUAGAAUAUGAAAUAGCUGUUGACUCAUCUUCCAACAACAUAUCAAUAAAAUAAACAAUUAUAAAGCAAAAUAA